AUUGUUUCAGCUGCCGGGAUUCCCUCGUUCGUGCCGUUCAGCAGCGCAUUUCUACUUUAUUUAGUAAACAUUCUGUAUUUUGAACAAUUUACAUUCAUUACUUAGCUGUCUUAGUAUUACGCAGUGUUCAGUAUGGACGAUAUCAAUGGAGAUAUUAUCCAGUGGCGCAAACUAUGGCAGUUUGUGUCCGGAAUACAUUACGGCACACCGAACGCGGACGUGAAGGAGAAACUGUUUCAAGUGUCCAAGGAACUGGUGGACGGUAUCCUGCAGUACAAAAAGCCAAGCAAAGCAUCGGAAGAAAAGCUGCAAAAGUUGAUCAAAGACAGAAACCAGCUGAAGCUGCAACCUUUCGCAAACAAAUUGCACCAAUACUUGGACAUUGAUGCCGUACAAUCAUGGCAAAUACUGUGCUACUACUUGGUGAACGAGUACCGCGGGGCAGCCACCGCACUGGCAGAGUACAUUUCCACCGAAACAUCGAUGGUGAAACUGUUGCACGACAUCUGGACGUACCACACGCUCGAGCGUAUGGUGCAGCUGAAGGUGAUGAAAAAUUUGCUGGAAUACUUCCACUCCGGCACCCAUCCGUACUCGAAGGAAUACCGUGAGGUGGUGGAAAGGAUGGGAUUACCGGCGCUCCGAAAGUCGUACCUCGCCCAGCUCACGCACCUGAUCGUUAAUCAACCAACGGCACAGAAAACGCUCCCAACCGAUAUGCUGCACGCCCAAACGAAGGUCGCUUGUGCGGAACGGCGGCUGCGGGAAACGAACGAAAUACUUCAAAUUCUGCUGCUGAUUGUGCACUACAGUGGAAUCAGUCCGGAAGAGUUGGAUCAGCUGUUUAAACUGUUCCGCGAGCAUUCGUUCGGCAAGCAGCAGGACCAUUUGGACCCGGGAUCAGAAAUUCAUGCGGAGUUGGUAAAACGCAUUACUUACAACGAGCUAGCGCUCGUUUUCCGAACGCUCGACCUGUCCGAUAAGUUUGACGAUGCGGACUGGAUCGAGCGUGUGGUGGCCGCGCUCGACGGACCGAUGGUAUCGUUGCAUCAGUUUCCCGAGCACGGACCACUGUUGCUUGUGUGGAUGCUGUUCAACUUUCGGCUGCAGCACACGGUCGAGGAUGAGGACACAACGCGCCGCUACCAGCAGCUAGGCUCGCGCGCCAUAAAGCUGGGCGUGUUCGAGUAUCUGCACGCGAUCGUAUCCCAUCCGAUGUUUAAGGACCAAAGCCUAACGGCACGCAUCGUGCGGAAAUCCAUCUUCAACCAUCUCGGCUUCCUGUGCCAACUGUUCGAUGCGGGUGAAUCGAUCGCUCACCAUAGCAAUAUUUACGAUCUGCUCAGCGAGCUGCUUACAUCGCCAACGAUCGCGACGGAAUUCUGCAAGCUGGAAGAUCACCCAAUCCGCGCCCUGUUCAACAUCUGUCUCGAGCAUUUCCCGGUCGAAUUUACACCCCUUUCGAAGGUGGCGUACGCACUGGCAACGGCCGGCUCGACGCAAAACAGCUACAUACAAGGGCUGCUCGAAAAGCUGCCCGUCUACACGGAACUCUACACCGGGCGCAAUCAGUACGAAAUUCGGAAAGCAUCCACCACGAACGACGAUGAGUUUAUCCUCUGCCACGAUUACACACCUUCCGCGAAGAUCAACUUUACGAUCGCCCGCGGAACGAAGCUGAUCGUGCGCGACAUGCAAAACCAGCGCACGUACGUCCAUUUCAGCACCGGGUACAAUUACUUCAACGCACUCCAUCACGAGAUUAAUGAGCUGCUGGAGGACGCGCAAGCGACGAGCACCCUCAACUCGGACCGCGUGCAGCGGAUUGCGGCCGGGCUGAAGUAUCUUGCGGUGGCCGUCCGGCGCAUUCAGCAACCGUACGACAUUACCUCGGAAAUGGUACACCCGACGGAGAUGGUGUUCGACGUGCUGCUCAAGUUUAAAUCCGUCCCCAAUCCCCCGAUCGAUCUGCUGGUGCAGUGUAUGAACGUGUGUACCGCGCUGGUUCCGCUGUUCGGGCAGGAGAUUUACACGCGCAUCAUCAACCUGAACCUACUGCCGUCGAUCAGCAAUGCGAACCUAACGUACCAAGAGUACGCCAACGGGGUGGGGUACGAUUCCAGCCUGGUAGGGUACUACCUCAUGAAUGUGGAGCGCAGUGCCGGCCGGUAUCCGAUACUGAUGGCGUAUUUUAACUUUCUGAAAACCUACACCAAACUCGCCCGGGACAAUGUGUUCGGUGUGGAGCUGCCGGGCGCAAUAUUUCUGCUGCGCGAGGUACUGCCACACGCGAACAACUGGCGCUACGAAACGGGGUCCGAUCGGUACCGGGUGCUGGUGUUUGUCGUGCAGUACAUAUACGAAAUUCUGCAAAUGAGCGAAGACCGGCUCGAGCACGACUAUGCCCGCCGUGUGCUGCGGGACGCGUGCGUGUACAGCCUGCUAAACCGUGACAAUGGUUUGGUGCUGCUAAAGAUCGUUGGCCUCGGGAAUGGGUAUCUGCAGGCGGUGAUGGAACGCGAAUCGAACUGGAUGCUUGUCCCGGAACAGCAGCUAAACCUCAUGAUUCAAUACUCGAUGACGAUCCUGAUGCAGAUACUGCGCCUGAAGCGGUACAUCCAGGAGUACGAUCUUUCCCCGCUCGAAUCGGCCAUUUACACCCAACCGAAGCAACGGGACACGCUGCGCAUCAUUCCCAUGGUAACCGGGUACAUGAGCAACAUCUUCAAUCCCCGGCUGCCCAUCCUGUCCUGCCGGUUGUUGCGCCGGUUUGCGAUCGAAUUCCGCAUGUCGCUGCUGGCUUGUUUGGACAUGGAACCGGACCAGAUACGGCACACGUUCCUCGAGCGACUGCACGACGAAAUUGAGAGUGACGAUCUGAAGCUAGCGGUGCUGGAGUUUGUGGAAUCGUGCGUCCAUAAGCAGCCGGGACUGACGGAAGCCUUCUUUAAGGUGUACUACGGCAAACCGGACCGCCGGUUGCUGCUGGCCAAGGAUGGUGCGGUGGCGGCAGCAGCUGGCAGCGGCGGAGGGAAAGGACGCCCCAAGACGAUGAUCAACGAUGGCAUACCGACGUACAUGGCGGAGUUCCUCGAAGCAAUCUCAACCGAUCCGGCCAAACUGGCCAGUCCGCUGCUGUCGCGCAUCAUGUCACUCUUCCACGCACUGUGGAAAAAUAACAUGCAAGCGUUGGUGAAAAAUCUGCUACAAAAGUCCAACUUUUGGUCCUCGCUGUGCAAUCCACUGUUUAGCGAGCAGAUCGCAACCAACAGGCGAUCGUACAGCCAGCUGUUUAACAUUCUUGGCAUUGAGCUGUUUCGCGUAAGCUCAGCGGCCGGCAUUAAAAUGGACCCGGAGCUGGCGAAGGUGUUCGAGCGGUUCACACAAACGCACGACACCUUCGCACGCUGGGUUGACAUUGUGCUGGAUCUUCCGCACGCCACACGCAAAGGCCGCCGGCCGCCACCCGCCGACACGAAUGGUAGCGAGAGCCUCGGUGGAGACGAUGGCGGAACGGAGCAAACACCCGACUGGUUGGGACGGUUACAAUCGUUCAAGGAUCUGGUGGUGCUGAUCGUGCGGAAAAGGGAGCCCGGCAUUUCGCUGUCGGCCCGCUGCAAAACGUACCUCGCGGAACGGUUGCUAGCGGCGCUGGUCGAGCGCAUCGAGCAGAUGCAGGACAUGCGUCCACUGAUCGUGCUGUCCGAGCUGUAUCUGAUCGUGCUGUCCGAUUUCGAUCACAAGUACACGCAAGACGCGACCAAGGACGAUGAGAUGUUGAUGCGGGCGGAAAAGUUGCUCGGCUUGCUGGCCGUUUCGUACGGCGAUGUGCACCAGCGGGCCAAGGAAGCGUUGCUGGCGAUCGGGAUCAGGACGGUCGAGCUGCAGGCCGAUCGUCUGCUGCAGAACCACGCCAUUGCGGCGGAAAUUACGCGCUCGGCUGUGGCCAUUGCCGGGGAGGAAAUCUAUGCGCUGGAGGUCGCUAUUCAGACGCACGGGCUGAAGGCGAAAACGGUGUCCGAUACGAUCGAUGGGAAGCAGUACAAUUCGUUGCUGUUAGCUAUAAACCUGUUAAAGCAGCUGACCAUUAGCUUCGACCAGCCGACGGAACUGACGCGGCAAGCGAACUCGACACGGUGGGUUAGCUGGUUGGUGCGGGGGAAACUGUUUCAACGUUUGCUUAGCAUUACGGGCACGGUGCUGCCUGAGUACGGGCGCAGGAAGCUGGUAGCGGAGCUGCUAAAUCUGCUGAUUCUGCUUGCCGAAAGCCAGUGCUCGGAGGAGCUGCUCUACAGCGACGUGGGAGACUAUCUGUGGCUGAAGCUACUGCCACCGAAGGAACUGCUGCAGCGGCCGUACGUGAUGGCGAAUGAAACGCAACAGCAAUGGCAAACGCAGGACUGGUGGCCGAUCUACUCGAAGGGCAUACACCUGGUACGGGCGCUGCUCAGCAAGCAUGGGUACCGGUUUCUGCGCGACGCCAUCUUCUUCGCGGGCAUCCACGAGGAGUAUCUGAUGGAUUCGCUAAUGCUCGCCAAGCAAUCGCUCGAACCGAGCGCGUUCGUGCUGAUACUGGAGACGCUUCAGCUGCUUUGCUCGAUGGUACCGUACGAGAAGGAGUGGCGGCUAGAGCACAGCCAAAGUUUGCUUAAUCUUAUGCGUUGCACCCAGUUCCUUAUGGACCACUGCAUCUCGCUGCUGUACCGGCCAAAAAUAUUGAAGCGUCUUACCACGGGCAUGGCUGACGGUGUGGGAUUCAUCGUGUCCGAGCUGGAGAUGGAUCCGAGUACGAUCGACACCACGGACGAGCUGGUCAGCGCGAUGAACAAUCUGAUCGAGAUAGUGACGCUGUGCGCAAAAUGUUUGCUGUGCUUCAGCCCACCGCUGCUGUCACUGCUGUGCGACGUUGAGUUCGUGCCGAGCAAGUGGUGCCCGCUGAUAGAGAUACAGUUUGGCGCGCCGAAGCUUAGCACGGACAAUUAUUCGCAGCUAAGCUUCGGCUCGUUACUGCAAGCGGUGUGCAUCUUUACGAAGGUGCUUAACCUGCAACACUACAGCUUCAGUGAAGCACCGCUCAACGAAUUGCCGGCUAGCGACGGUGGAACCGAGCAGGACGAUACAACGGACGGUACACUGCCGAUGGGACAAAUGUCGCGUACCAAUCGGUCGACCCUUGCCGGUGCCACAUCACCGGCCGCCGACGUUUCCCGACCCGGUGGCAAACGGUCCCAGUUCUCCAAAACCCUCUCCAUGACGAGCGUGUCUAGCUACACCUCCACAAACGCAAUCGCGCUUUCGAAUGAGCUGCUCACCCAUCUGGACAGCAAGCGGUGCGUGUGCGGGCUCGAGUACGUCCUUACGCUGCUCACGUCCCAGAGUCUGUUCGCGCUGAAGGACACCAAUCUUUCCCAGCGCGAAAAGCAACUGAUCAAGCGCGAACUAAGCACCGAGCUGCUCAUAUUUCAUGACUUUGUCAAGAAACGCAUACUGAAGGAUGGGAAAAGUAUUCUCGCACGCCGAAAGCACGGUGCGGUGGCGAUUGUGAACGAACCCUACGCUCCCCAGCCGGACGACGAUCCCGACGCACCGGGCGAUCGAACGAAAGCUUCCCAGCAGACGGCGGCGGGCAGAAAGCAACAUUCGAUGCGCAUUAACGUUGUGCGCAAGAUGCAUCUGCAGCAUCAGCAUCAGCAGCAGCAGCAGCAACAGCCCGCCGGUGGCGCGACGGACCGGGCGGAGGCUACCUCAUCACCGGCCGGCAGUGGGCUGAGUCCGAUCGCCGGUGGGCAGGACGGGGCGGGCCGUAGCUCCUCGACACCGGUACUGCGCGGUAUCCUAAAACCGUCGCCAUCCGCCUCAAGCAAGCGCGUCAUGUUUGACGAUGAUGAUGGGUUGACGGAAAAUGCCAAAAGCCUUGCGUACGUCGAGCCGGAAGAUGAGCCGAUAUGGUACGAACCGCAGGAGCCCCGCUUUACCGGCCUGUCGUACGUGCAGAUGGUCGAGGAAGACUACAUACAUCUGCUGUCGAACGUUUUGCUUAUGAUUGGCCAGAGCGAGAACUGAGCCUACACUGUAGGGCAGCGCCAUUCGGUUUUUGUAGAGUUUUUUGAAUAAAGUUAAACAAUACAUGCAAUCGUUGUAGUAAGUAGAGGCAGGUA